CGGACUCUUAUUGUAAUUCGAUUUUCCUGCGCCUACUUAGUAUGACUGCUGCACCUAUGUACCGCAUCUGCCGUCUCAUACGGCUCUUUGGAAUCAAGGAUCGCAGGCUAUGGGUUAAAAACACAUUGCAUCAGCCGAGUACCUUGGGCUGGGAAGAUUGCUACUUUCGGGCUGAGAACAAACCUAAGCCACCGGUGAAUUGCGACUCCUGCAAUAUCUCUGUUAUUUGUGUUGAUGAUUCCAUCUACUCAGAUGUUUCACAAUGUGUCACGAGAGCAGAGGGCGAUAAUGAUGUCGAAUAUUGCUAUGAAGAUGAAAAAGUCGACGCAACGGAGGUCAACGAGCAAUGUACAAAGCACUCAUCGGUGCUUGUAGACACGCAGAGAAUUGAUCGAGGAUUAUGGACCGACAUACGUGGACUGUUCUACCUCGGCCUGGAUGAAUCUUGGGUAGACCUGAACCAAAACGACUUAAGGUAUAGGAGCUAA